AUGGCUGAAGGAGAAAAGCAUCACGCAGAUUACACGUCUUUCCAAACUUCGGACAAGAAAGAAGCUCUUGAACAGCUUGUACUAUCCUAUGAAGCACUAUCAGAAGGACAAGACAACUGGGUUUGCAAUCUAGCUAACGCGGCAUCAUUGAUCUGGCACUGUUACAUAUCUCUUGGUAUCAAUGUUAACUGGGCUGGUUUCUACGUAACGCAGAGCCAGAACAAGCACGAAUUAAUUUUAGGUCCUUUUCAAGGUAAAGUGGCAUGUCAAUUAAUUCAGUUUGGGAAGGGUGUAUGUGGAACAGCAGCAUCUACGAAAGAUACACAGCUAGUACCUGAUGUAGAGAAAUUCCCAGGUCAUAUAGCAUGUGACGGAGAAACGAAGAGUGAGAUUGUUGUUCCUAUCGUUAAAGAUAAUGAGACGGUAGGCGUCAUAGAUAUUGACUGUCUAGACUACAAUGGCUUUACUGAAUUAGAUCAGGAAUAUCUAGAAAGGCUAGCCACAUUGAUAUCGAAGACCUGCACUUUUUAG